UACGUCAACGACUGGGCACUCGUCGUACGCAUCGUAUUCAGCUUCUUGGAUUAUCGUGGUUUUGAAGAUGCCUCCUAAAGCAAGUGGCAAGGCAGCGAAGAAGGCCGGAAAGGCACAGAAGAACAUUUCGAAGGGCGACAAAAAAAAGAAACGCAAGAGGAAGGAGAGUUAUGCUAUCUAUAUCUACAAAGUUUUGAAGCAGGUCCACCCCGACACUGGUAUUUCAAGCAAAGCUAUGAGCAUCAUGAAUAGCUUCGUCAACGACAUUUUCGAGCGCAUUGCUGCCGAAUCAUCACGUCUCGCUCACUACAACAAACGCUCGACGAUAACUUCUCGGGAGAUUCAAACUGCUGUCAGACUUCUACUUCCUGGAGAACUCGCCAAGCACGCUGUCAGUGAAGGUACCAAGGCGGUCACCAAAUACACCAGCUCCAAAUAAUUUGACUCUUUGAUACAAACAAAAACAGGCCCUUUUCAGGGCCACCACUUCCAUCCUACGAAAGAUCGAAAUCUGAACAAUAAACAAGUGCAUACUGCUCAAACAUUAAUAAAAAUUCAACGUAAUUUGUCAAAUAUAUGAAUUUAGAGUUCAAUUUAUCACACUGCAGCAGUCGUUUAAUAAUCUAACAUAUCGAAUAUCUUCCACUUUUCUUCGUUCCUACUAGAUUUUACUAAUUUCAAAACGAUUCUAAUUUACAAAUAUACCCACAUUAUGUUCAACUUAUAUAAAUAUAUUUAUAUUGGAGCUCAAGAGUUCCUUGUUAACAUGUUUAACUUAUUACUGUUCAAAAUAUCGCUCCCAGUGAAUUACUAAAGAAACUGCCUACAGCAACUCCUGCGUACACACCUAAUCAAAAUGUAGCCGAACUUGUGUAACCUAUAAACACUAGGACUCGUUUUAGUCUUUAAAGGCUCUAUUUACUUUUGUUAAAAAUUGUCACUUGACCGUUAACAAUUGUAAUAAUUUUUUCUGCACUAAAAAUUGUGAUGUGAUGGAAGAAUUCCAAAAGCCGGGUGAUUACCAUCACUGAGACUUCAUCGCCCUCAGCGGUAGAAGUCGCAGAAGUUGUAUAAUAUAAACUGCUGGAAAUGUACAAAUAUUUUUGCAACCAAAAAUUCAGGCGUGUUCUCACUGUUACUGUUAGUACGUUGUGGGAACUAAUAGCAAACCGCUGGACGCUACAUAACACUGCCGGGAUUUUGGAAUAAUCAAUUGUCACCAAUUUAUGAAUAGGGGUCGGCCGAUACAUCUCCAGCCAAAGAUGUAUGCAGAAUGCAACAUGAUAGAAUGUUAUAACGAGGUCUGAAAAGAGAGUUGGCUACUCAUUUGUUCUGAGCAUAAAACUGGAAUGCGGACGAAACAUACUUUUUCCCGUAGAACUGCGAAGGCAGCGUGAUGCAAACGAUAAUUCAUUAUGCGGCACAGAACGAUUAACGUACUGAACGGAUUGUACCUUCUCAGAAAGCGAAUAACCGCUUUUGUCCCCUUCCAGUAGCAGCUGCAGCUGUCGCUGCUUUAGUGAUGAAUACCAUGAGUAGGGAAAGAUACAGUCCGUCCAAAAAGUAGAUCGCGUCGCUGCACGUCCGUCCACAUUCUGUAUUUUAUGAUUUGAACAUUUUUUGCGAACGUAUACUAGGUAUAUCGUUUUUUUGAGACUCA